CCAUAAGGGGUGCUGUUUGACUUUACCGGCAAAAAUAAGCUUUUGAACAAAUAUUUUAAAACAUCUAAAUAUCCUGAUUGAACAACUUGGAACCACACCUCAAAAACAGAGAAUCAGCAUAAGUACGGUCGGUGCUAUACGUUGGUGUUUGAAAAGGCAUCAAGCGAAAUACUUUGGCUACUGAAUAUCCAAAUUGUUUGGGCACAUUUAAGGACGGAGUGAGCCACUGACCCACAUCCAAGAUUUCACCCAUUUGUUUUGGCUUUUCUGCCUGUUCAGCACAGAUAACAGGGAAGCCUCGGCUGCACUGAGGAUCAUGUGAAAUCUAGACUGACACAGGAGUCCAGUGAGGAUUAAACCCUACGGACUUUAAUCCGACUGGAUACCGAAGAAGGAUUAAGACUCCGGGAGGCUUGAGAGAAUCAGGACCUGAUCUUUGGGGGACUGGGUUUGAGGAUUGACCAACUUUGGAUAUUUGAUGCAAGGGAUCUGGAUGCACCAGGACUAUCCCAAAAUUGAGGGUCACAGGGGAUACCUGUCUUCAUCAGCCUGCAGGGCGGCGACAGAAAGCAGGGCGCUGAACCGACAGAACCGGCGGAGCCCAGGAAUGAGCGAGUUCUGGCACAAGAUGGGCUGCUGCGUGGUGGCCAAACCCCCACCGAAGAAGAAGAAGAGGAAGAUUGACUGCAGCAUGAUCGGAGAGCCCACAAACUUUAUGCACCUCACACACAUUGGCUCUGGGGAGAUGGCAGAAGGUUUGCCGCCGUCAGGGUCAGUCCAGGAACAGAUGAGGUCCAAAGGACCCAGCACCAAUGGCAGAAGCAGCCUCUUAUAGCCAACAUAUGGACCAAUCCAGAGACUCUAUGUGAGCUCCUCAUUUCCCCCGUCCUCGGACCCAGCCUCAAGCCAACCUGCAUGGACCAACUCUGCAUAUUGCACUUAGGCCCACAACGACCACCGCAAAUGGCACAAUAAAAAAGAUGACUCAAUUUCCCAGAAUCCCUUUUAGCCCCCAUCAUCCAGUUUCAAAUGGAACAUGACUCUUGCCUUGAAGUGGGAAAGUACCCUGGAUUCUCACUCAGCACUGGGGACUGGACAGGAUUGUGUGGGGGCUUUUAGGUUGCUUUGAUAGAACAUAGGAGGUCUUUUUUUACACUUCAGACUGCUGGUGGAUAUGGAUUUUCCCAUUUGCCUCGGUCUCAAGCAAGGGAUUGUCCGAACAUUUCAUAUUUCUCGAACAAGACCAUCUCACAAGUGUGAUACUGCUCUUGCAACAACUCAGACAAACAUGUUUUCUUUAUUCUUGACUUGAAGUGGUGUGCAUUUGUGCCCUUUUAAAAGUGUUGUCUGUAAUGAUUAUAAUGCCUUAUAAGUAGUGAAUGGUGGAAAUUGAGCCCAUCUGUUUUCUAUAGUGCCAUGACAAGCAGGCAUUUUUCAUAUGUAUUGCUAAAGUGCAGUGGUCAAAUUGUUAUUUAGGUUUUGGACGCAAAGUUGCUCAAUUGACAAGCAGGAUGUGGCAUCACCCUUGGCUCCACCCACUACUUGUCUGGAGUACUGUGAGAUCCAAUCCUAGCAGCAUUGUAGACAUCCAGGGGUGGGAGUGGUCACUUGUAGGCCUAGUUUGCUAAUGUUUUGGCACUUUGCCUGUUUCAGUUGGAUGAUUCUUAGAAGUUUUCCACAGUCUUACUCACACACAUUUCACCAUUAGUCACUCAGUCUCUUACAACCACACGUCAAGUUUCUCAUAGACACCCCUUCGUAUAUACUUCUACCUUAAGUGUUAUUGCCAAAGUUAUACCUUUUAUAUUGGGUGCUUUUUUUUUUACCAUGCAUGCUUUAACACCAGUAAAUCUGAACACUGGAUAGCACUGGCAGGUAGCGUAGCGGCAGUUAGAGCGUUGGGGCAGUAACCGAAAGGUCGCUGGUUUGAAUACCCGAGCAGACAAGGUGAAAAAUCUAUCGCUGUGCCGUUGAGCAAGGCACUUAACCCUAAUUUUCUCCAGGGGCACUUUACUACUAUGGUGGACCAUGUAAAACAACACUUCACUGCACCUAUCUGGUGUAUGUGACAAAAAAAAAUAUAUAUAUAUAUAUGUUUUUUUUUUUCAUUACCUUCUGUAGUGUCCCAUAGACUCCCUUCUGGGGGUUUUAAACGUUUUAAUGGGGUAGUAGUCUUGUUGCGCAAUUCACUUGUAAGCAUUUGCAAGCUGAAUGUAAGAUGCAGUAAUUAAUCUUGAUCUAAUUGCUUUAUCUAAAAACUCACCAAGUUGGACUGUUAGUUCAGCAGGGUUAUGUCACCAACACCUCAAAUGUAUCAAAAACUAUGGCAACUUGGCUUUGGUUCUCCUGUUGCACAGUGUUGGUCUUAGAAUUGGCCCCUGUCAGUCUAAGCUGAGACAUGAUCAUUCGCUUUUUAGCUAUUCUGAAAGGUGACCUUAUGGGCUUUCUGUUUCAAUGACGAUCUACAGUUCAGGUUAGAAGAAACGGCAAAGAGAAAGUAAUGGCAGAUUUUUUUGUUUUGUUAUUUAUCAUAGCACAAGUUAUUUUGCCUCUACAGCUAAAUGGACCCGCUGUUGUCAUUGUAUUCAAUAUGAAAUUCAGAUGCAUGCCUACUACAGUUCAGGCAAACGCUUGCCAUAUGAGUGAGUUUUCAUAGAAAUUAUUUUAAUUAUUUGUUUUAGGACUGCCCUCUUAUAUUUUUGUCAGCUGUGGAGCUGGAUUUUUAAGUUCUUUGUUUAAGUUUUGAUUAAUAUGUUUUAAGAUUUCUUAUCUCUGACUGAAGAGAUUCCAGGAUGCAAUGUACUCGCUUUCUUUUUCAGUCUCUGAGAUGUUGCAUUGUUUUCCUGGGUCUCCCUCUUUGCUUCCUUUUAAUUGCACACGUGUUGCACAGUCCUCCUAUGCGGACGUUGGUGUACAGAUGUGUAGUAGUAGAGUAAGUAUUUCAACUGCCGCAAACCUGUAAGAGUGUUUUCUCUGCAUCUGGGCUUUUUCCCUCCUGAAAAUACAGUCUAUAUUUUAUGUA